AUCCAACAGUGAUGGCUACGUCAAUAUGUAGAUAUUGCCAUUAUAGUCAUCGAGCUUUUACCGAGUCGGGCUGGCGCAUGAAUCAAUCUGACUUGGCAGCGCUGACAUAAUUGUCCCCAGAGUUUUUAAUAGUUGCAAGCUCCAUACCCAUGAGCUUAAUAAACGGCGCCGCCGGACCGUCUCUGGUUGGAUUUUAAGCUCUGGCAGAGCAUUACCUCGUUUUCUGUUCAUUUGUCAUCAAGCAAAUUGUCUGCAACUACGGAGUACUUAGUACCAGGGUUCGCAACUCGCCUGUCUGUGACUGGAUAAACUCUCUUCGCAACCCCUAUCGAAACGAUCGAAACGCCUAUUUUUUUAUUUUAUUUUAUUUUUUUUAACUUCUCUAUGACUCAAACGCAGAAGCGCUGCUGGAAUUGUCGUCAACAGAAGAUUGCUUGUGACAAGACUCAACCGCACUGCAACAAUUGUGUGAAGAAGGGUCGACAAUGUCUGGGCUACGGGCUGAAGCUGUCGUGGCCGCGGAAGGGCGAUGAGCGACGCGCUGCAUUGCUGCAUAAGAAGCACUUUAUCAUUCCUGUGCGGUCCAAGGAGGCGGUGUUUGUUCAUGCGACGUCUGAGGAUGUGAGGGCGUUGCAGGAAAACGCACUGGCUCGGUAUGAAAUGCCUGCGUUGCGCGAGCGUUGGUGUGUAAGACAGCCAAAUGCCAACAUGGCCAAGCUGGAUCCCUUCCUUGCCACAAAUACCUGGAGUCCCGUUGCUCGCAUCGUGUCGGCUAGCAAACGCAACGACGAGCUCUACGGCUUAUUGGUCAGGAUGGCGUUUCAGGACGACAGCCUGCCGUCGCUGGCUUCGAGAUAUGCCAUCAGCGCUCUGUCGUACCAGCAUUUGGCCAUGGAGAGGGCGGCGGUGAUGCAUCAGAUGGCGGCGAUACGCGCUCUUCAGACGGCCAUUGAGACGGCGUCGCCGGCGGAGUGCAUGCAGCUGAUGGCGGCGAGCAUGCUGCUGAACAUAUAUGAGACGUUGAACUUUGAUACCUCGGAUCUCAACUGGGCCAUCUUCUUCUGCGGCACAAAGAGGCUCGCAAACUUGGUCACCAAGCAGCAUGACACCUACUUUGGAGACAAGGCAAUGAUUAUCGACUGGAUCUUUUAUCACGACGCCAUGUACAAGUUUAGCAUCCGGCACUGGCGGAAGAAGAAUCAUGAUCAGAUUCGCCUGGCGGGGCAGAAGAAGGUUCUUUCCAAGGCGGUGUUUUCGCCCGAGAGACAGACUAUUGUGCCGAUCCUUGGCUGCUCCUUGGAACUGUUAGACAUUGUAUGCCAAGUGGUCGAUAAUGUUUACGAACCGGGGCACCCAGAUUAUCUAUCCGAAUCGCACCUCAAGACGGUACGGUCCUUGGAAAUUCGCCUAAAGUAUCUAGAGCAGCGGCAGGCUGCCGUAUUACCAAGCGAUGGCAAGGAAGAAACGCAGGAAACCCAGACCGCCGAGCUGUUCCGCCUCGCUGCCAUCAUCUAUCUCCUACGCAUGGCCAAAGGCGAGCCUGAAACGUCAAAAUGCCUCGCCAACGCCAUGGACCAGGCAUUCGAGAUUCUUAACCAGAUUGAGUACUGCGACCGGCCCUGGCCCCUGUUCAUCAUUGGGCUUGAGUCUCGGACAGAGGAGCACCGCGCCCGUGUGCUGAAAGUGUUGGAGAAAUCUGUAAAGCGUCGGCCUUUAGGAUCCAUGGCCCUUGUGAAUAGGAUGGUGCCAGAUGCGUGGACACAACAAGAUCUUCGAGAGGUGCCGAUGGAGCCGUUUACGCUUUACGAGAUGGUUAUUGGGCGGAACAGAGUAACGCCGUGCUUCACAUGA